CCCAAAGCGGAGCGCUGGAGUCCUCCUCCACCUCCUCCUCCUCCAGCCUCUUCGGAUCCGCCGCCGCCCGUCCGACUCCUCCUUCUGCCGCUGCCCGCGCGGCGCCUCCCAGGCGACAAGGGCUCAGCAUCCUUCGGCCGGAGCCGGCGCUGCCGCGGCUUCUGGAGCCCGUGGGGCGGCGGAGCGGCUCGCGGUGCAGAUUCUUCUUCUUAAUCCUUUGGUGAAAACUCUGUGACAAAAGAUGGCCACAAAUAAGCCCAAGGGUCAGAAUUCUUUGGCCUUGCACAAAGUCAUCAUGGUGGGCAGUGGUGGUGUAGGCAAGUCUGCUCUGACUCUGCAGUUCAUGUAUGAUGAGUUUGUGGAGGACUACGAGCCUACCAAAGCAGACAGCUAUCGGAAGAAGGUGGUCCUGGAUGGGGAGGAAGUUCAGAUCGAUAUCUUAGAUACAGCUGGGCAGGAGGACUAUGCUGCAAUUAGAGACAACUACUUCCGAAGUGGGGAGGGCUUCCUCUGCGUCUUCUCCAUUACAGAAAUGGAGUCCUUUGCAGCCACAGCUGACUUCAGGGAGCAGAUUUUAAGAGUAAAAGAAGAUGAGAACGUUCCAUUUCUACUGGUUGGUAACAAAUCAGAUUUAGAAGAUAAAAGGCAGGUUUCUGUAGAAGAGGCAAAAAACAGAGCUGACCAGUGGAAUGUUAACUAUGUGGAAACAUCUGCUAAAACGCGAGCUAAUGUUGACAAGGUAUUUUUUGAUUUAAUGAGGGAAAUUCGAGCCAGGAAAAUGGAAGACAGCAAAGAAAAGAAUGGGAAAAAGAAGAGGAAAAGUUUAGCCAAGAGAAUCAGAGAAAGAUGCUGCAUUUUAUAAUCAAAGCCCAAACUCCUUUCUUAUCUUGACCAUACUAAUAAAUAUAAUUUAUAAGCAUUGCCAUUGAAGGCUCAAUUGACUGAAAUUACUUUAACAUUUUGGAAAUUGUUACGUAUCACUAAAAGCAUGAAUUGGAACUGCACCGAAAGCCAAAUUUACUUAAAAAAGAAAUCAAUGUGGCUUCACCAAGAAACAGAGUUCAUGAUUUCAUAAUUGCCUACAUGUAUCACAGUCCUGAAUGUAGCGUUGUGAGCUUGUGUGUCUCGGGCAGUCUUUCUUGAUCUAUUAAAUAAAGACAUGAGAUGGGGGUGGGGAAUGGGAGGAAAGGCUCCUUCCUCUGGUGUUAUUAUAAAGCUUAAAUUUUAAAUCAUUUUAAAAUGUUUUGGUCUUCUACUGCCUUGAAAACUGACAGUUGUGAACAUGAUAGUUUAACUGUACCACUUUUUUAAACCAUUGUUAUGCAAAAUAUAGAAGAAAAAGUUAUUGGCAUGUUGUUGCAUACAGUUAAACUGAGAGUAAUUCAUCUGUGAAUCUGCAUUAAUUACCUGGUGAUUAACUUAGAAAAGUGGUGUAAACUUGUACGUGGAAAUUUUUGAAUAUGCCUUAAUUUAGAAACUGAAAAAUGCCCAAUUACAUCAUUCUGGGUGUGUUCUCAGUGGUGCCAGGGGUCUGUUGCCCCUUGUGUACUGGCAAGAGAAUAUAUGCCUAGCAUGGAGUAUAACUUUUGUAUAGGAGGUUCAGUUGAGAAAUAACUGUCUGCUAGGAGUCUGUCCAAAUUAAAAUGUGUGCCAUACUCUGGUUCUUGAAACUAGGAUUCCAGAGCUCCUUGAUUGCUUCUAAUAAAGUAUAAAGUCAUUUAAAAUGAAGGGCUGGCAUAUACUUGUAAGAUAAUUUUAGACUGCAAGGCUUCAGCCCCAGUUAUGUUUGAGUAAACAGUCUUUUUUCUCUAAGAUGCUGGUCCCUGGAAAUCCUUUUCUGCCAGUGAUAAGCAUGUAACUGUGUUAAGUUUUUAAUCUCCUGGGAGCAGGACAUAGGAAGAAAUGUCAGCAGAGCUAAUGCGUUGUGCACUGGUACACUUUGGGAAAACACUCGUGCUCACCGUACCGCCUGUUCACUUCUGCGUUUGUACUUAUGAGGUUAUUUUGGCUUUACAGCAGUUAGGAGUAUUUGUUGUCUGCUUAUGUUCAUAAUAAAGAAUACUACAUUCUUUACUUUUCAUAAUAAAGAAUAGCUACAUUUUCUUAACAUCAAGCAGUCAAACCCAGGUAUAGUGUAGAAAAUAUGUUUGGCACACAGACCGAGACUUAGGCUACGUCACCAUCAUGUGGUGUUCCCAUGAAAAAACUGUAGCACACGCUAUUUGAGAACAUGAUUUCAGUGGGAAACAUGCCACUGUCAGAUUUUUCUUUUCCUCUUUGGAGUGAGACUAGGGCAGUUAAUUCAAGAGUUUUCUUUCUUUUUUCUCAGUCCAAAUUUCAACAGGUCUUAGAUGUCUUCAGGCAUUCCAGGUAACAGGUGUGUACGUAAAGUUAAGAAAAAUAGGCUUUUUAGGAAUUCAGCUCUUCAGAUAUUACAUCCAGCUUCUCAUGUACAAUAUUUGUCCUAAAGGGUUUGAGAUGUACAUCUUCCACUUCGUGUUUCUCAUAGGCUUAGUCAGAUGCAGAAGUUAGCAGGGUGGCGCUGGCCAGCGGGCCCAGCCGUCUCUGUGUGUACUCACUGCAGUCUUACCUAACCAGGGGUCCUAACCACUAACAUUGUGAUUUGCUUUGAGACCUUUCCUCUCCUGGGUACUGAGGUGCUAUGAAGCCAACUGACAAAGAUGCAUCACAUGUCUUAGGCUGAUGCCAUUACCCGAUUUGUUUAUUUGCAAUUUGAGCCAUUUAAAGACCAAUAAACUUCCUUUUUUAAAAUG